AUGGAUACUUUGCGCGAUGCUGGUAUGUAUGUUCUCAGUAACUCUCUUCCCUUGUGCAAUCCAAUUACCGAAUUGGCAAUAACUGAUACAAAAAGUGACCACAUAAAAAGAUAUCAUGCAAAAGAUGCAUACGAUCAACGUUCUGACAAUUAUUACCACCACCAUCAUGAUCAGGAUUUUGAUUCUGGACUUAGCGAUCGUCAGCAUCAUUCUCUCUUGUAUCAAAUCGACAAGUCGAUGUGGCAUUUGCCUUGCUUCCUGCUCACGAUGGGUACCAUCGGCUGCGCACUUUUCGCAUAUCAGGCAUACGAACGAUACGAGCAGCAGCGUCGUCGUGGUGCCACACCAGCACGGCGUAAUACUUUUCCACUUUAA